AUGACUGUCCUAGUUGCUCAGAUCAUUUUGGGGCCUUUUACGAGCUUGGAGCUCAUUUGGAUGAAAAAAGAUAUGGAAGAUUGCUUGUACGAAUUUGGCGAGCUUCAAAUUGAAGGCAAUCCUUCUCAGUCAUUCAUCUUUGAUAUCAAUGAUUUUGAACAAUACAUCGAACAUUCAUUAACAAGUAUGGGUCGAAGAUUCAAAUACAUAAUAAAAGAAGACAAUCAAAAACCCACGAUUAGCUUAGAGUAUGGUGCAGCAGAGGUCGCAGAAGUUUACGCCUUAAAAUACAUGCUGGAUAUGCUUAUCAAAGAAAACAAAGGAAAUGUCUGCAAUAUUAUACGUUUGGAAUUAUUCAUUCAGUUUCGGACAGAAGGUUCUUCCAAUCUUCGUCCAAACGAUGUAAACUGGCUGGACCAUCUAUUAAACAAGGAACCGGAAUAUACUGUACUUAAUGUUACACGCUACUUUAAAUUACUUUCUAUGGAACUGGAGAUUUAA